CUCAAGGACUACUUCGGUCCCGAUCUUUCAAAUUCAAAUCCUAGUCAGUCUAGAUCAAUCUUUUAAAUUUUAAAUUGUUUAAGAAGGAACUUCACCCGCGAGGUUACUAUUGGGAGAUGAGGCAUUCAAACUGACGCUUCUUUCAUCUCUUUUCAUCCGGAAGCCUGACCUUCACCAUGCCCCCUUCACUCUCCGCUCUGUCUACACGUCUCGCCGUGCUAAGUUUACUCUCCGCCACAACCAUCUACUUCUUCUACAAGUCCCGCCCUCAUAUCCGCCACCUCCGCAACCGCCUCAAAGCCUUAACGGGACUUCCGGCCCGAAACCCUAACCAUAGCUCCAGAGGUAAAAUAUUCUUUCUCUCUGAAACUGGCACUUCCAGAGCCCUAGCUCAUCGCCUGCACUCCUUCCUAGCCCUCAGUGAUCUGCCCUUCGACCUCAUUGACCCUAAGGAUUAUGAGCCCGAGGAUCUGCACAAGGAAAGUCUAUUUCUGAUUGUAGCUUCCACUUGGGAAAGCGGGAAGCCCCCUUCGAAUGGUAGAUUUUUAGGAGAUUGGUUAACCGAGAGCUCUGAUGACUUCAGGGUUGGAGCUUUGCUGCUCUGCAAUUGCAAGUUUUCAAUCUUCGGUGUCGGCAGUACAUCCUAUGGUGAGACAUUCAAUGCUGUUGCCAAGGAUUUUUCCAAAAGAUUGCGGAAACUUGGGGCAGCCGAGGUUAUGGAGGUGUGUGAGGGAGAUGUAGAUGAGGGGAAUUUGGAUGAUGUGUUUGAUGAUUGGUGCAAGAGGUUGGCUAUCAUUUUGAAAGGGGACUCUAGACCAUAUUUUUCUAACAAUGGCAAUGUUGAGGAGAGUGAUGGCGAGGUGAGUGAGCAUGAUGAUUAUGAUUCUGAGGUAGAAGAAAAUGGAGAGGAUAAGGGGAUUGUUGAUAUUGAGGACAUUGCUGGUAAGACAAUAGCUGGAACUAGGGCUAAAAAUGGAAUGGUGAAUGGGGAAACACUAAACAAGGAGAAAGAAAUGGUCAGUCCUGUUAUCAGGGCUAGUUUGGAGAAGCAGGGGUACAAAAUAAUUGGUUCACAUAGUGGUGUGAAGAUUUGUAGAUGGACAAAGUCACAGCUUCGAGGGCGAGGAGGUUGCUAUAAACAUUCCUUCUAUGGCAUUGAGAGCCACAGGUGCAUGGAGGCAACCCCUAGUUUAGCAUGCGCAAACAAAUGUGUUUUCUGUUGGAGACAUCAUACAAAUCCUGUAGGGAAAAGCUGGCGAUGGAAGAUGGAUGAUCCUCUGGAGAUUGUGCAAACUGCAAUAGAGUUGCACACAAAAAUGAUAAAACAAAUGAAAGGAGUUCCAGGUGUCAAAUCCGACCGCUUGGCUGAGGGUCUCUCUCCUCGGCAUUGUGCAUUAUCACUUGUUGGUGAACCUAUUAUGUAUCCUGAGAUAAAUUCACUUGUAGAUGAGUUGCAUCGAAGGCGGAUUUCAACUUUUUUAGUGACAAAUGCACAGUUCCCUGAGAGAAUUAUGAUGCUAAAACCAAUCACCCAGUUGUAUGUUAGUGUUGAUGCAGCUACAAAGGAUAGUUUGAAAGCAAUUGAUCGACCACUAUUUGGAGACUUCUGGGAGCGAUUUCUUGACUCCUUGAAAGCUCUCAAGGAGAAGCAACAGAGGACAGUGUAUCGGUUGACACUAGUUAAAGGGUGGAACACGGAGGAUGUAGAUGCAUAUUCAAACCUAUUCAGCAUUGGAAAUCCCGAUUUCAUUGAAAUCAAAGGCGUCACUUACUGUGGAUCGUCUGCUACAUCAAAGUUGACAAUGGAGAAUGUGCCGUGGCAUAGUGAUGUGAAGGAGUUUUCUGAAGCAUUGGCUAAAAAGAGCAACAGGGAGUACGAAGUUGCGUGCGAGCACGUGCAUUCAUGCUGUGUUCUACUAGCGAAAGUCGACAAGUUUAAGAUCAAUGGGCAGUGGUUCACAUGGAUAGACUAUGACAAGUUUCAUGAUCUGGUCGCUUCUGGAAGGCCAUUUAGCAGUGGCGAUUACAUGGCUCCCACGCCAUCAUGGGCCGUGUAUGGAGCUGAGGAAGGUGGGUUUGAUCCGGACCAAUCUCGUUUCAAGAAAGAGAGGCAUCAUAACCGAUCAGCUCCCAGCUGAGAUCGUUUUUUUUCUUUCUCCUGUUUGGGCCCUAUAUUUGUUUGAAAAGUCGCUCUCAUCGGAGAGAUUGAUUUUUUAGCUGAGCUCCGAAGUGCGGCACGGACCUAAAAAUGUUGGGAGUACUUUUCGUUCAUUGAAAAUAUUUUCAAUUUUUUUUAAGAAUAGAAAUUUUGGUUAAUGUUUUUUAAAGAGUAAAUUCUAUAAUUAGUCCUUUAUAUUAGGGGGGUUUUUCUAUUUAGUCCUCAAUUAUCAAAUAUUACCUGAGUGGUCCUUCUUUUAUAUGUAUCUUUCUACAAACAGUUCUUUUUUUGAUCUUCUAUCAUGUUGGUGUUAAUUUGAGGGCUAAAAGUGUAAUUUAACAGUGAUAAUAUAUCUUUUUUGUCAUA